ACCCGAUAUUAAAUCAAGUUUCUUAUGUUCUUAAAGAUUCUAAUUCUCAAGUUUUAAAACUCGAGAAUUUCUCCUUUGAGGCUUCUUCAGAGCUUGAGAAAGCUCCUCAUGAAAUCUGUAAGCAAAGCUUUUCUAAAAAUGAAGCUAAUGAUAGUACAAUAGUAAACGGAAAUAAUAAUAUCGAUGACCCAAGGAAUUGGUCUUCAAAAAAGAAAUGGUUAAUUUUGACUAUCGCAACUCUCACAGGAAUAUCGAUGCCUAUUGCAGUAACGAUUACCAUUCCCACACUCGUAGUGGUGCAAGAAGAAUUUAAUGCUUCCAUUUUAACUAUUGAUGCUUUUGGUUCUGUGUAUACAAUUUUCUUAGGAAUAGGGCCAAUAGUUUUUGCUGCUUAUUCUGAUGAAUUCGCAACAAGAAAAAAAGUAUAUAUCGCUUCUCUUCUGGUAUUUAUUUUAGCAUCCGUGGUGUGUGCAAUCGCAACAAAUAUUUGGUUGUUAAUAAUAAUGCGCGCCGUUCAAGCUUGUGGUAAUUCUGCUGUAUUACCGCUUGGUGCUGGAAUUAUAAGCGACAUUUAUUUUCCACUCGAGAGGGGACGUGCAUUUGGGUUAUUUUAUUUUAUUUUUUGGUUGGGUCCCACUCUAGGUCCAAUUUUUGGUGGUUUCAUUACCCAAUAUCUUAGUUGGCGUUGGAAUUUUUGGCUUCUGACAAUUUUUGGUAGUGUCCUCCUUUUUUUGAUAUUAUUCUUCCUUCCUGAAACUUUUAAUGCAGAUUCCUUAAAAACUAAUCCAAGUUCAAAGUUUAAUCCAAUUUCUCCAUUAAAAUUACUUAAAUAUCCAAAUAUCACUCUUGUUAUUAUAUAUAUAUGCAUAUCAACUUUAUUAAUGCACAUUCAAGGAAUUAGUAUUCCUAUAAAUUUUUCUGCACGGUAUAAUUUUACAACUUCACAGAUUGGUUUAUUCUUUAUCUCACAAUCCUUCGGGCUUAUGUUUGGGAGUAUAUUAGGAGGAAAAUAUUCGGAUUAUUUAGCGCAAAAAUCAUUGAUUACUGAAGAAUAUUGUCCCGAAAUAAGAAUAAAAAGUGCAUUUGGAAUGUUAAGCACACUUAGCACUUUAUCUACAUAUCUUGUCGAUUCAUGUCCUGGACGUGGUGCUUCGGUUAUGGCAAUAACUAGUCUUUUUAGAUUAGCUAUACCUGGUAUCAUAAUAAUUUUUGAAACUUCCAUUGAAGAAAGUUUGGGUGUUCGCUGGAC